AUGCCGUGCGGGCAGCCGAGCGGCGGCGCCGCCUCCGCGCUCUACGUAGUGGGGGUGGACGUGGGCAGCACGGCGGUGAAGUGCCACGUCUAUGACCGCGCGGCCGCCGUCAGAGGUUCCGGAUGCAGGAAGGUGGAGGCGCUGUACCCCCGGCCCGGAUGGGUGGAACUGGAUCCCGAAGUUCUGUGGAGGCAGUUUGUCGGUGUCGUAAAAGAGGCUGUGCAAGCUGCUGGACUUCACAUGAGGCAAGUCGCUGCUCUUGGCAUCUCAACACAAAGAUCCACUUUCAUCACAUGGCACAAGAGGACGGGGAAACCUUUUCAUAAUUUCAUAAGCUGGCAAGACUUACGGAGUGCUGAGCUUGUGAAUUCCUGGAAUAGAUCCCUUCUGCUGAAGGUAAUCCAUGUUAUUUUUACAGUGCUUCAUUUCUUUACUGGAAAUGAUCGAUAUUUGGCUCCGAGUUUUCUUACCUUUUCAACACAACAGGCUUCUAUGAAGUUGUCGUGGGUUUUUAAAAACAUACCUGAGGCUGAUGAAGCUGCCAAAAAGAAUAACUGCUGCUUUGGAACAGUGGACACAUGGUUACUGUACAGACUGACUAAAGGUUCUGUAUUUGCUACAGAUUACUCAAAUGCCAGUUCUACAGGUGUUUUUGAACCCUUCACGAGAUGUUGGAACCCCACUUUGUGUAAUUUACUUUCCAUUCCAAUGUCUAUUUAUCCUCCAGUGAAAGACACAAGCUUCAAUUUUGGAUCAGCUGACUCUGAAAUAUUUGGGGUUCCUAUUCCAAUAACGGCAUUGGUAGCUGACCAGCAGUCAGCAAUGUUUGGAGAAUGCUGCUUUCAGCCAGGAGAUGUUAAACUGACAAUGGGUACAGGUGGUUUCUGGAAUGUUAAUACAGGAGGGAAUCUGUGUGCAUCACGCAGGGGUCUGUAUCCACUGAUUGGUUGGAAGAUUGGGGAAGAAGUUGUUUACUUAACUGAAGGCUCUAUGUCAAACAUUGGCACUACCAUAAAGUGGGCACAGGAUAUAAAUCUUUUCACCAAUGUAGAUGAAACAGCAAAAAUGGCACGGAGUAUUGUUGAUUCUCAAGGCGUUUGUUUUGUUCCAGGUUUUCAGAGUGACAGAGCUGCAAGUCAGAGCUCCAAGACAGACCUUCGUACAGAAUGAGCAGGUGUUGCUAAUGUAGCUGUUGCUGACCUACAGGCUGCAGAGACUCCCAACCUUUUUUGUCAAGUUCUGCCACUUCCCUGAGCAGCAUGAGAUAUCGUGACUAAAAGCUGUUCCUAUGCUGUGGGUUUGCCACCAUGAAAGUAGCCAUUUUUCUCCACAAAAAUUGUUUGUUUUCUAGUCAGUGUUGCUGUUCAGGAGAAACUUCAUGGUAUAGACUUGUUCUCUAAGUUGUCAUCUGGCAUAUUAACUUUAUAAACUUUACAGUGGGUACAUUGAAAGGAAAGCCUUCAAAAAUCACCAGAUUAUUUUUUUUCUUCCCUCUUAGAAGACUUUGUAAUUCAGUGGUUUGAAUCUGUACAUCUUGGAAUUACGUGGAAUGUUUUUGACAGCGUCUCUUUCUGUGUGGGUGUAAAAGCUAGGGUUUUGAUUUUUCACUGGCUUACAAUACUCAAUUUGAUCAUUCCCAAGGUUAGUGUCUUAGAAAUAAUUACUUUAACCUACAGCUAGCCCAGAAACCUUCUAUCAAACAACUGCCCUAAUCAUUAGCUUUAUUUUUAGCAUUGUAAAACUUGGUUAAGCUAAGGUGCUUUCAUUUAGCAUUUACUGUGAGAAAUUAUGCUCUGAAUAAGCAAGUACUGAGCCAUGGCAAAUUGCAGUGUUGCAGAAAAGAUUUCCAAUGCAGACAAAUAUUAGUCUGAAUCUUACAUUUGACGCUUUAAUUCUGGUAGUAUUUAAGUUCUAGAGAUGUUGGUUUGUGUUCUUUCACUUGUGCUGUUUUUUUUCCUGCCGUGCUGCCUUGACACUGUCUCCAGGAUGAACCUCAGCUACCUUCUUGGUAAACACCAAGAAGCUUCUGUUGUCUUUAUUCGUAGUUUGAAUAUUCCCAGUCCAAAUUUAGGAACGAUACUUCCAAAAAGAAAAUCAGAAGAGGAAGAAGGGAAAAGAUGUCUGGAUUUCUGUUCAUUUUUGACACCUGGUAACUGCUAGUAGCAUUCUAGUAGACCAGCAGGGAGAGAUUCUGUGUUAGUUUAGAAAUGAACUGGGUCAAAUGGUGUGAAAAGGGACAUGAGCAGAGUUGAAUUCACGUGCUUGCUGCUUAGCGUCACUGGCUGGAUGCUGACAAAAGGGUCGUAUGGUAGUGUUUCUUAGACUUCACAGUGAUGGCAGUUAGGAGGGUUUUCAUGACGCCUGUAUGUUCAUUUCCUACACAGAGUAAAAUGGUUCUCUACUGACCCACGUGAAGGCAGUAGGAACAAAUUCACUUCUUACUGGGUUGUAUGCUGUGAUGCAGUACACUGAAAGGACGUCACUGUGAAAGUAGACAUGAAAUUGAGUGAAUAUGUGCAUUAAUCAUUCUUGUUUUUAUUCUGUCAGAAAUAGGAGUUUGCUUUGGUUGCUGGUAGCAGCAAAAACAGCUAUUCAUUGGUCUGUAUGAAUGUAUAUGUACAACUAUCACUUCGUGGCUCUUUGUUUUGUUUGUUUUUUUUGUUUCGAAAUGAGUAGUAAUUUAAUUGACUGAUUCUUUCAAGACACCCAUGCACAGAGCUUGAAUGCACACUUUUGGGUUUGUUUGCUAUGAAUAUCUGUGAGCAGUGAAUCUUCAUUAUGUUUCUGGGUGGGCACAGAUGGUUCCCUUCUUAGAAUGGAAAGGGCAGUUAUGUAUGUGGGAAAAGGAAAGAGUAUUUUCUUUUUCUUCAAAUGUAAAAGUUUGUUCUACUUAGGAACAAACUGCUUGGUAGUUGCUGAUCAUGAUCUACUAUUUAAGUGGUAGUUCAGUAUUUUCCAUUCUUGUGCUGUUGCAUAUAUAGAAUCAUAGAAUCAUAGAAUCACCAAGGUUGGAAAAGACCUAAAAGAUCACCCAGUCCAACCGUUCA